AUGAGCUCAUUGUGGCGCGUGGAGGGGAAGGUGGUACUGGCAAUACAAUGGAGUGCGCAUACGUUUGAAGUUGAUCUUCGUUCUCAUGAUAUUCUCCAAUUCAGGAAUCCUCAUACUUGUGAACCUGGUGUCAGUGGAGAAAGACGUCUUAUUUACCUUGUAGUGAAGUGUUUAGCUGAUGUUGGAUUUCUCGGCUUUCCCAAUGCUGGAAAAUCUACAAUAAUUAGCGCAGUUGAGUUCACUUAUCUGCCUCGCUUGCUCACAUUUCAAUCUAGAUUACGCGUUGUCGUGCAACAGUCAGCCCGGAACCUUUCACGACAAAAGCCCCAAACAUCGGAACCAUCAAAUACACCGAUCGUCAAGUCUGAAAUCACUAUCGCUGAUCUUCCAGGCAUUAUUGAAGGGGCUCAUGCUGGAAUCGGAAUGGGAACGCGGUUUUUACAACAUGCUGAACGAACAAAAACCUUAGCGUUCAUCGUUGAUAUGUCAAAUGAACGGUUCCCGCCAUGGGAUGCCUUCUCUCUCUUGAGAAAGGAAGUUGAUAAAUAUUCUUCAAAAUUGUCAAACAAACCUUUCAUCGUUAUUGCGAACAAAUGCGAUAUUCGUCCGAAUGAGACUGUGCCAAAAAUUGAUAUUUUGUGGAAGUCGGUGAUAGAUUCCGCACCACAAGCAAUGGUCAUUCCAGUAAACAUUGUUCAUGUUGUUCUGUAG